AUGUCUCCUCCUCACUCUCCAUCGCCCUCGCUCGCCUCCCCACCCUCCCAGAUCCGCAUCCUCACUCUCAACUGCUGGGGCCUCAAGUACAUUUCCAAAUUCCGUCAUGAGCGAAUGUCGGAGAUCGGGCGUCAGCUCGCCAUAGCCGAUCCGCCGCCCCAGAUUGUCGGUCUCCAGGAAUGCUGGACACAGCAGGACUACGAAAGUAUCCGCCAGCAGACGCGAGACAUCCUCCCCUACGGCAAGUUCUACUUCGGCGGGAUCUUCGGCGCAGGGCUCGCGAUCCUCUCGAAAUGGCCCAUUGAGGAGAGCAGCAUGUUCGCCUACCCGCUCAACGGACGGCCCACUGCCUUCUUCCGCGGUGACUGGUUCGUCGGCAAGGGCGUCGCCUGCGCGCGCAUCCGCUUCGGCCCCGCCGCCCAGGACGUCGCCGAGGUGUUCUGCACGCACCUGCACGCCCCCUACGAGCGAGAGCCGCACGACUCGUACCUCUGCCACCGCACCGCGCAGGCCUGGGAGAUCGCCAAGCUCAUGCGCGGCGCCGCCGAGCGCGGCCACCUCGUCAUCGGCCUCGGCGACUUCAACAUGAUCCCCUCGUCCUUCGCGCACCGACUCAUCCACGCGCACGCGCCCGUCCGCGACGUCUGGCAGGUCCUGCACCCGGACUCCUCCGUCGGCGCCACUAUCGACCCGCCCGAGCAGCAGCGCAACAAACCCAUGCCCUCCGCGGCCUUCAACCUCUCCGAGAACGGCGCCACCUGCGACGGCAAGUUCAACACCUGGCGCUGGAGCAAGGAGGACCGCAAGCGGCUCGAGAAGGGCCACGACGUCGUCGUGGACCCGGACGCGCCCUGUCCGUACGGCAAGAGACUCGAUUACAUCUUCGUCGGCGACGGCGGGUUCCCGCCAGACUACCCUGCGGCGCGGUGGUCCGUCGAGUCCGUGGCCAUCGGCAUGACGCAGCGGCAUCCGACGCUGCGCUGCUCGCUCAGCGACCAUUUCGCCGUCGAGGCCGUCAUCGCCCGGGACGUCGCGUCCGCCGGCAAGUCCGACGCAAAGGAGAUGGUGAUCCACCCCGUGUCCAGCGCGCCCAACGCGGCUCUCACGCCGGACACGUACGACCGCAUCAUCGAGAUGAUUCACGCGUAUGUUCGACGGGAGCGCUCGCAGCGGCACUGGAGGCUGACGCAUUUCGUGGCCUCGGUCGUUGUGGCGAUCGGCUGCUUUGUGGGCGUGUGGUGGACGGGAGACCAUCUGCCGUAUGUUGCGUUUAUUCUGUGUCUGGUGAGCACGUUGAGUUUUGGGGCGGGCAUCUUGGACGGGUUGAUUGGGGGUCUGUUUGUGUCGAGUGAAUUGCGGGCGCUCAAGGAGUUUGAAUGGGAGGUCCGUAAUGCGAAGCGGAUUGUUGACGAGGUGGGGACACGGGGCACGGUGAACAUCGAGGAGUAA